AUGGGGUCGGCGUUGCUGCCGACGCUGCGGCUGAAGAGUGAGGUGGACACCGCCAUCCGCGACACCCUCGAUAAGGUCCUCGUCCUCCGAUUUGGUCGCGGCAUCGACGCCGCCUGCCUCCACCUAGAUGACAUCCUGGCUAGAUCUUCUUGGGACAUAUCCAAGUUUGCUACGGUAGCAUUGGUUGACAUGGACUCUGAGGAGAUUCAAGUUUACAUUGACUACUUUGACAUUACUUUGGUUCCAGCAACCAUUUUCUUCUUCAAUGCCCAUCACAUGAAGAUGGAUUCAGGGUAG